GUUAGCCGUCUCUGUUCAUACGGGAGAGGUCGCAGAUAAACAGCAUCUGGCGCUGCCGAUGUCUACGAUGAUCAACCCUUUUGGUAUCUUCCUUCUGCUCUGCCACUCUUCUACUCUGCUCCUUGUUGCUGCCCAGAAAGGGGUGGUAACUGGAUCCAUUGGUGUUGGUCAACGGGAUUUUGCCAUGUGGGUGACGCAUCCAAGAUGAGGCCCAGGACCGGUGGGCUAACGACCUGAGUUUCUCUACGGCCCCCAUGAUUUAGAUGCACUAGCCAACGGAUCUUUUGAAGUCUCUGCUACGAAAACUAAUUUUCUCUAGAGCGUGAAAUUGUUUCAUCAGUAUUGACUGCGGACUCGAAGAAGACAAGUCAAGCUACACCAGUGACAUCAAUCUCGACUACGUCUCCGAUAGCGGAUUCAUAGAGGGUGGGAUCAACCAUCAACUUGAUCCUACUCUCCUCCCUGAUGCGCCUAAGAUCUAUCGGACGCUUAGAUAUUUUCCACAUUACAAGAGGAACUGCUACACGCUGCUAGUGGACCAAGGAACCAACUAUCUGGUCCGAGCAUACUUCAUGUACGGCAAUUAUGAGGGAGGGUCAAGUAAUGCUACAGCCAUCUUCGACCUCUACCUUGGGGUUGAUUUUUGGGAGACCAUCAAGUUGGAUAAUGCGACUCAUAUGCAUUGGACUGAGUUUAGCAGCCACGCAAUGACGACAUCCAUGAGCGUGUGCCUUGUCGAGACCACGGGGUACGUGCCUUUCAUCUCGGCUUUGGAGCUUCGGCCCCUUAAUGAUGGCAUCAUUUAUCUUGUCAAUGCCUCCAUUGCACUGUCAACGUUGAUGAGGAUAGAUGUUGGGGCAACCAGGGAAAUAAGAUAUCCAGAUGAUCCUCAUGACAGGAUAUGGACCCCAGAUAAAGGUUCAUAUGGCACUCCUAUCAGCACAACUCAGACUGUGAACGAAGAUAGGAACCGGCGGUUCGGAUUGCCUUCAGCUGUAAUGCAGACAGCCGCGACCACGAACAGUUCUCCCAUACUCAUAACGUGGCCUAGAGAACCUGAUGCUCGCUAUUAUUUCGUAGCCGACUUCGCCGAGCUGUUGAGUAUAACAGGCAAAAGGAAUAUUACUGUAAAGUUGAAUGAUGCUAAUUUUGUUAAUCCCCUCACUCCAGAUUACCUUAACAGCUUGGCAGUUUUUUCCACCAACCCUAUGAACUAUCCCCGGUAUUCGUUUUCCAUAGGAGUGACAAGUGACUCUGAUUAUGGUCCAAUCCUGAAUGCAUUUGAGGUCUUUAAGGUCAUCGAGCCCAGUCAAUCUGCAACUCUUAGUGGAGAUGUUGACGCCAUCAAGGCCAUCAAAACUUUCUAUGGUGUAAAGAAAAAUUGGAAAGCCGAUCCCUGUUUGCCUCAGAAUUCUCCUUGGGAUGGGCUGAAUUGUAGCUACGAUAAUACUUCAGCAGCAAGAAUAGUUUCUCUGGACCUUUCGAAUAGUGGGCUACGUGGCGCAGUUAGCAAUUUGCUUUCUCAAUUGACAAAAAUCCAGAAAUUGAACCUAGCAAGAAACAACCUCGAUGGACCAAUUCCAUCUUUUUUACAGGAGCUUCCCUAUUUGACGAAUCUUGAUUUAUCAUGCAAUUGUUUAUCCGGAUCACUUCCCAGCAAAUUGCAAGAACGAGCAGAUAGUGGGCAGCUCACAUUAAGCAUUGAUAGCAACGCUCAGAUUUGCGGGCAAGUCCCUUGCGAACAAGGUCGAAAGAGCGUCAAGAAGAGAAACAUUAUAAUUGCAGUGGCGGUGGCGACAACUUUGGUGGUGUUCAUGUCACUAUCCUCAGCAUUCAUCAUGAUGAAGAAAAAGAGAAAGCCACGGGAUGAUUCUCCGAUCCCACAAAAUAAAAGAGUUGAAGGAAGAGGCCGCACUUUCUCAUAUGCAGAAAUUGCGCACAUCACCAAUGAUUUUCAGAAAGCUAUAGGCAAAGGAGGAUAUGGUAGUGUUUAUUAUGGACUUCUAAGAGAUGGCAAGGAAGUUGCAGUUAAGACAAUGACAAGAUCUCUUCCACAAGGAAUCAAGGAAUAUACUGCUGAGGUUGAGCUCUUAAUGAAAGUUCACCACAAGUACUUGGCAUCUUUUGUUGGCUUCUGUGACGAAGAUGAGAAAUUGAUCUUAGUCUAUGAGUACAUGGAAAGAGGCAAUCUUCGGGAGCUACUCUCAGAGGAAACAUAUACACCAGAUUGGAAGCAAAGAUUGCAAAUAGCUCUCAAUGUUGCUGCAGCCCUUGAAUAUCUCCACUCAGGAUGCAGGCCGCCCAUAGUACACAGAGAUGUCAAGACCACUAACAUCCUAUUAGAUAGUAAUCUGGAAGCAAAAUUGGCAGAUUUUGGCUUAUCAAAAACCGGUAUUAAAGAUGAUAUUACGCAUAUGUCAACAGCAGUCGCUGGGACACCUGGAUAUAUAGACCCUGAGUACUACAACACAAGCAAACUUACAGAAAAGAGUGAUGUGUACAGCUUUGGGGUAGUCCUGUUUGAACUCAUCACUGGUAGGCAUGCUAUAUUCACUCUGGGAUCAAACCGAGUUCACAUCCUUCAAUGGGUGACGCCCAAAAUUGUGAGAGGAGAAAUUGCCAGCAUAGUAGAUCCAAGGCUGCAAGGCUCCUAUGAUACCGUUUCCAUGUGGAAGGUUGCAGACACGGCACUGUCGUGCACUGCAGACAAGGCAAUCGCAAGGCCUACCAUGACAGAGGUUGUGAAUGAACUGAUGGAGGCCAUGAACAUCGAAACUCACCGAGUGAAAAGAAGUCCAUCCAGUGGAUCAAUGCCAAGAUCAGUAUCAUUAAGUGGUGGUGCUGAUCUGAACUUGGAUUCUAUUGUUUAUCCUUCAGCACGGUAAUGCAACAUUAGUGCGUCGAAGGAAAUGCGUCCUGUCCAAGGUUUUAUGAAAUCUGAAGACACACAUUUGAGUAAAUGUUGCCUGGUCGUAGCAGGACAGCAAUUUCUGUAUCCAAAAUAAUGGGAUUCACAGUAAUCUGGAGUAGUAGGAAGAAAGGACGGUUGCUGCAGGACCAAUCCGUCAUGUUUGCAGCAUAAUCAGGGGCUUUCUUUGAUGUAUGUAGUAUUACACUAAAUAUAUGAAGUGAUAAUUAUUUUGUUA